AUGAUGUUUAAUCUUUAUCCUGAAAUUAUCAAUUAACCUUUAAAUCAACUCUCCUGUAAUCCGAAUACUCCUUUUUAAAUGUAUUUCUAAUUUCUAAAGAGAGAUUAUUAAGUAUGUAGAUAAAUCCUUCAAAGAAAAAAAAUUGGAGUAUCAAUUGAUUAUUUUGAAAAUGAAAAUUUUCCUUAUCUUUUAAGAUUAAGAGAGGAUUCUAUUAGUCGAACUUAAACUCUUUUAGAAGCUGAAAUUAUUUAGAUACUAUAAAAAUUGUAAUUAAAAUUCCUUAAAUUUUAAAAAGUUCUUAUUUAUGAUAUUGAUUUUAAAGUGAUGGACAAUUAUGUAAUUAAUUGUAAUGGGCCACUACAUUUUAUAUCAACUUUGGAUGGAUAAAUUAAAUAAAAAUCAUUUAACACGGUGAUGCAAUAUAGGUAUUGUCAUACAUAAAUAAAGACAUUUGAAAGCACUUGAAACUCAAAAUGUCAUAGAUUUUGAUUUUUUCGAUUGGAAAGAAGAGGAUUCAUUAGAAUACAAAAUAUCAAAAAUAAAGAAACUCUUGAAUUUGAUUUGA